AUUUUAUACACCUUGACUAUACCAUACAAUCUCUCUCUCAGUUUUUAAUGCUUAAAGAAAAAGAGUGACAAGAGAAUGAAUGGGGCAAAUCAGACUAUUGUACUUGAAUUCAUUUUGUUAGGGCUUUCUAAGCAUCCCAACGCAGAGAUUGUACUUUUUGUGUUGUGCUUGGGGAUAUAUUUGAUCAUCUUACUAGGGAACUCCUCCCUCAUUGUGUUGAGUAUUCUGGAUUCCAACCUUCACACCCCCAUGUAUUUCUUCCUUAGCAACCUCUCCUUCAUGGACAUCUUUGGUACAUCCUCUUUUGUACCUUUAAUGUUGGUCAAUUUCCUAUCAGUUAGGAAGACAAUAUCUUUCCCAGGAUGUGCAUUACAAAUGUAUCUCACUCACGCUUUGGGAACAACGGAAUGUGUGCUGCUGGCCAUGAUGGCUUAUGACCGAUAUGUGGCCAUCUGCAAUCCCCUGAGAUAUACAAUCAUCAUGAAUACAAGAGUCUGUGUUCAGCUGGCAGCCGUGAGUUGGAUAGUUGGUACCAUAAAUUCAUUAUUGCAAACAAUUCUUGCAUUGAGGCUUUCCUUCUGUGGAAAUAACAUCAUUGAUCAUUUCUUUUGUGAAAUCCUGGCUGUCCUGAAACUGGCCUGUGUGGACAUUUCCCUCAAUGCUUUUGUUAUGUUGGUAGCACUUGUGCUGGUCAUAUUGCCUCAGGUGCUGCUCAUUUUAAUCUCCUAUGUGUUCAUCCUUGCUACCAUUCUGAGACUCAACUCAACUAAGGGAAGGAAGAAAGCUUUCUCCACCUGUUCAGCACAUCUGACUGUGGUCAUUAUAUUCUUUGGGACUAUAAUCUUUAUGUACUCAAAACCCAAAGCAAAGGACCCAGAUUCAGAUAAAUUGAUUGCCUUAUUCUACGGUGUAGUAACCUCCAUGCUGAAUCCCAUUAUCUAUAGUUUAAGGAACAAAGAAGUGAAGGCAGCAGUGAAAAAGGUAAUUAUUCCAUCACCAACAUAUACCACAAUUUAUUCAGUCAUUCUCCAAUCGAUGGGCACCCCCUUAUUUUCCAAUUUUUUGACACCACAAAGAAUGCAGCUAUAAAUAUUUUUGUACAAACUCAGUAGUGGUAUGGCUGGAUCAAAGGACAGACAUUCAUUUAAUGCCCUUUGGGCAUAAUUCCAAAUUGCCAUCCAGAAGGGUUAGAACAAUUCACAACUCCAACAGCAGUGUUAGUGUACCAAUUAAAUCCUAGUUAUUAAUAACAAUGGAACCUAAAUUCAAAAUGUUUUCACUUAGUAGAGACACAACACCUACGGAAAGGUAAUAGUUUAUUUAGAUGUUCCCAAUUUAAUUUUAGGCUUCUAUUAAUGCCCUAAUGCUAUUGAACAUAGUACCUAAGCCAUGUUAAGACACAGAAAAAGGUACUAUAUAUUAAUUCAUUCAUUUAUUGAUUCAUCAGGACUUUAGUGUUGAGACAGACUUUGACUUACUUUAAAAGGUUUCAUGACAUGGGGAUCCCU